AGACCCUCCCACGACCCCCCCCCAUCAUUUUGGGCCCCCCCAGAGGAGGGCUUCGAUUGGGCGGCCGCCUGCGAGGACCUGGAGGAGCACCUGGAGCGCUGGGGGGCCGGGGGGGCCCCCAUGGAGCACUUCUCCCUGGACGAGGGGCACUUCGCCUCCGUCGACUCCGUCCUGCUGCUGCAGGGGGGCUCCCUGUGCGUCUCGGGGGGCCGCGACCGCAACGUGAACCUGUGGGACCUGCGGGAGCUGGGCCGGGGCCCCCCCGGCAAGGUGCUGGUCAAGGCUCUGGGCUCGGGGCGCGGCGGCACCCACAAGGGCUGGGUUUGGUGCUUGGCCUCGCGGGACUCGCGCGUCUGCUCCGGCUCCUGGGACAGCACCGUGAAGCUCUGGGACCUGGCGGCCGAGGGGCAGCAGUUCGGGGAGAUCCGGUACGGCCCCCGGGGGGGGUGGGGGGCUCUGC